CGGGAAAAAAAAGACUUUUAUUUUGGUCUGGCGAUGUGACGUCAUAAGGCUGCGCCGCGCUCCCGCGGCUGAAGAAAGAUCUAUGUAACACACUAUUAUAAAGAUGGCAUUUAUUAAAGUGGAGAGUGAAGACAUGAAGAUUGAAGAAUCAUUCAGAGUCAAUCAUGAAGAUACUGAGGAACAAAUAAAGAUGGAGUUGAUUAAAGAGGAGAGUGAAGACGUGAAGAUUGAAGAAACAUUCAGAGCCAAACAUGAAGAUACUGAGGAACAAACAGACCUGAUGACACUGAAAGAGGAGAGUCAAGAACUCAAUGAAAAGGAAGAUAAUGUUCAGCAUGAGAAAUAUAAUUUCAUGACUGAAGAAAAAACAUUUAGUUGCUCACAUACUGAAAAGACUUCACAAAAAAGAGCUCAAAAGACAGCAAAUAGAAGUUAUUUCACCUGCCAACAGUGCGGGAAAAGUUUCACCAGAAAAGGAAAUCUUGAAGUCCACAUGAGAGUUCACACUGGAGAGAAACCUUUCACCUGCCAACAGUGUGGGAAGAGUUUCAUUAAUAAAACAAACCUUAAAAGCCACACAAGAAUUCAUACUGGAGAGAAACCUUACACAUGCUCUCAAUGUGGAAAAAGUUUUAAACAUAAACAACACCUCGAUGACCACAAGAUAAUUCAUACUGGAGAGAAACCUUUCACCUGCCAACAAUGUGGAAAGAGUUACACUCACAAAAGAAACCUUAGAGACCACAUAAGAACUCAUACUGGAGAGAAGCCUUACACAUGUUCUCAAUGUGGAAAAAGUUUUAAUCAUAAACAACACCUCGAUGACCACAUGAGGAUUCAUACUGGAGAGAAACCUUUCACCUGCCUUCAAUGUGGAAAGAGUUUCACUCACAAAGGAAACCUUAGAGACCACAUGAGAACUCAUACUGGAGUGAAGCCUUUCACCUGCAAACUGUGUGGAAAGAACUUCAUUCAUAAACCAAACCUUAAAAAUCACAUGAGAAUUCACAGUGGAGAGAAACCUUACACAUGUUCUCAAUGUGGAAAGAGUUUUAAACAAAAACAACACCUCGUUGACCACAUGAGAAUUCAUACUGGAGAGAAACCUUUCACCUGCCAACAAUGUGGAAAGAGUUUCAUUCAAAAUGGAAACCUUAACAAACACAUGAAGAUUCACACUGGAGAGAAGCCAUGA